UGAAGACCUGCUUGGUGUUCUUUGAGAGAAAAGCUAAGUGUGAGCCCGGGCCGUUGCCUCGCGGCUGUCGCCCGCCCUCCCCUGCUGACCCGCCGGGUUUGUUUGGAUUUAAUCUUCUGGUUGCUGGUGCCCGCCCGCCCGCCGGCCUCGCGGGGUAAAGUUGGGGACACCCGUGCGUGUGGCUGGCGCCUGCCGGAUCCAAACACCCGGCCGCGCCGCUUCCCCGCGGCGGCCGCGUCCCUGAACCGAAGGGACGUGUUUGUGUUUGACCCGCGGGCGUCGGCAGCGAGGCGCGCGGCAGAAGCCGGUGCCAGCGAGGCGGGGCGGGCGCAGCGGAGGCGGAGGAAAAGGGAGCCCUGGGGAGUCUGGGCGCCGCCAUGGAACUGGGCCCGGAGCCCCCGCACCGCCGCCGUCUGCUCUUCACUUGCAGCUCCCCUCCGACACCUCCGCCUAUCGUGAAGGCGCUAUUCGGCACGCCUGCCGCCGGAGGGCUGUCGCCUGUCACCAACCUGACGGUCACCAUGGACCAGCUGCAGGGGCUGGGCAGUGAGUAUGAGCAGUCUCUGGAAGUGAAGAACAGUAGCAGUCUGCAAAGAAUGAGCUCCUCUGAGUCUACAGAUUCAGGUUUCUGUCUGGAUUCUCCUGGGCCCUUGGACAGUAAGGAAAACCUUGAAAAUCCCAUGAGAAGAAUACAUUCCCUACCUCAGAAGUUCCUGGGGUGUAGCCCAGCUCUGAAGAGAAGUCAUUCUGAUUCUCUUGACCAUGAUGUCUUUCAGCUGAUUGACCAGGAUGAGAACAAGGAAAACGAAUCCUUUGAGUUUAAGAAGCCAAUAAGACCUGCAUCUCGUGGCUGCCUUCACUCUCAUGGACUUGAGGAGGGUAAAGAUCUCUUCACGCAGAGGCAGAACUCUGCCCCAGCUCGGAUGCUUUCCUCAAAUGAAAGAGAUAGCAGUGAACCAGGGAAUUUUCUUCCUCUUUUUAUGCCCCAGUCACCUGUGACUGUCACUCUUUCUGAUGAGGAUGAUGGCUUCAUGGAUAUUUUGGAUGGAGAGAAUAUGAAGAAUAAUGAGGAGACCCCGUCAUGUAUGGCAAGCCUCUGGACAGCUCCCCUUGUCAUGAGAAGAACCAUAAACUUUGGCAAUCGAUGCAUGCUGUUCGACUCCCCUUCCACAUGUAGCUCCUCCACCAGGUCAGUGUUGAAGAGACCAGAAAGAUCUCAAGAGGAGUCUCCACCUGGAAAUUCAAAGCGGAGGAAAAGCAUGGCUGGGGUCAGUUCAGAAGAGGCAGCAAGUCCAGAGAAGCCCCAAGAGAUUAUUCAUCAGUCUUUAUCCCUGGCAUCUUCCCCUAAAGGGACCAUUGAGAACAUCUUGGACAGUGACCCACGGGACCUUAUAGGAGACUUCUCCAAGGGUUAUCUCUUUCACACAGUUGCUGGGAAACAUCAGGAUUUAAAAUACAUCUCUCCAGAAAUUAUGGCAUCUGUUUUGAAUGGCAAGUUUGCCAACCUCAUUAAAGAAUUUGUUAUCAUUGAUUGCCGAUACCCAUAUGAAUAUGAAGGAGGCCACAUCAAGGGUGCAGUGAACUUGCACAUGGAAGAGGAGGUUGAAGAUUUCUUACUCAAGAAGCCCAUCAUACCUACUGACGACAAGCGCAUCAUCGUCGUGUUCCACUGCGAGUUUUCUUCUGAGCGAGGCCCCCGCAUGUGCCGGUACGUGAGAGAGAGGGAUCGGCUUGAUAACGAGUACCCCAAACUCCAUUACCCUGAGCUGUAUGUUUUGAAGGGAGGAUACAAGGAGUUCUUCCUGAAAUGCCAGUCUCACUGUGAGCCCCCCAGCUACCGACCCAUGCACCAUGAGGACUUUAAAGAAGACCUGAAGAAGUUCCGCACCAAGAGCCGGACCUGGGCAGGGGAAAAGAGCAAACGGGAGAUGUACAGCCGUCUCAAGAAGCUCUGAGGGCAGCAGUGCUGGACAACAGAAGCCUAAGCCUCCCUCCUUGCCCCUCCACUUCCCCUUUUUGCUCAGAGAAAGUCGAGGACGGGGCCAGCUAUGUGGCAUUUGGACAGAAAGCCUGUGGCUUCCACUCCUUAAACCUACCUCCCACACGCCCAAGGUUGGAGCCCAGAGCAUCCUGUUGGCAACACCUCUUCUGUCCCUCAUAAGUUACCUCCUUCCACAUCAGAACUGUCUGCCAAGGCUCUCAGGUGCCACAGUUCCAAGCACCACAUCGAGACGUCCUCUCUCCUCAGUUGGAUGAACAUCUGGGAGCUUUUUUGGGCACUGACCUCAUGAAACAUGGGCGUUUAGAGGGGAGGAUUUGGGGGAUGGGUAGUGGGAGUGAAGAGAAAUAACUUGAAAAGAAAUGCUGCUGGCCAAAUACCAAAGACAGUCUGGAUCUUUGUGGGAUAACCCAUAUCAUUAAUUUAUUCGACUUUAUCAAUCACUUUAUUAUUUUUUUUAACUCCUGGAGACUUUUACUUAACUCCUUCAUUAGGUCAAAAUACUGCCAUUCUAGGUAGGGCUUUAUUAUCCCAGGAACUACCUCUACUUUGAAUUUUUAAAAAAGGGCGAGUGAGGGUACAAACAUUUUGGGAGUUGUAGGGCAGAGAACCAGGGGCUCUGUCAUCCCCAGAAGGUGCUGAGUACUGGGACUGCUGCUAUUUGAAGCCAGGAACUGAGAGUACUGAUGGGAACCAGCACAGGACUCAGACUUGGCUGCAGAACAUAAGCUAAACCUCCCUGACCUACCUUGAAGGCCGUUAAGAUCUAUUCUGCGGGGAGUUUCCUGUUCUUCCUUACCCGAGUUCCGUGUAAUGUCGGCUGGAAUAAAAGCCACAGGAAAGCACUUCAGGCAGCUUCCACUGGGCCACCCCAGGUCAGUGCUGGAACAUGGUAGUGUAGGGAUUCCAGGGUAGAGGAGUGGGAAUGGGUGGGCUUCACAGGGGGAGAGGAGUAUACACUGAGUGUCUCCCUUCUGUUUUGACACUCUUAUCUUAUAAUUAAAAAAAAAAUUUGUCAUUUUGAGUCAAGGAAUAUCAAAUCAGUGUUGGAUGGGCCACCCAAGGGUGGGAAGAGGGGCUGGAAGCCCUGGGCAUUAGGAGGAGGGAGUGGGUUCUAGCAUAGUGAUGACUGUAUAGAAUAUUUCUCUGGAGGGAGCCUGGUGGAUUUUGAAGGUAAAACUUUCUGGGUUUAUCAUGUUUUAAUUUGUGGGACAGGGAGUGAUAGAUCAUCAUCCAGUUGCCCCUUCAUCUAACUAACCCCAUGGAAGUGGGGGUCUCAAAGAAACACCUCCCAUUCAAGGAGCUGGGGCUGACUUGAUGGAUUCUGGACAGGCCUGUUUGGUGCCUAUUCAUCCGCAACCUCCGGUGCCAGCCUCACUGGCUCUGUUCUGUCGGGGUGUGGCCAAGAUUCUACACACAAGGGUCAGUCAGUCUCCCAUUUUGCCUUGGCUUCCUGUUCUGGGAUUGGGGAGGGGAUCAGUGAUAUUGCAGAUGACUGGUUGCUGUGUUACGGGUUUGAGUUACAUUUGACUGUAAAACAAUCUUGUUGGAAAACGUAUAUGGGGAGUGGGGGAACAAGGGAGAAGAGUGGGAGGCCUCUUCCCCCACACAUUGAGACACAUCCCACUUUGGUCCCUGAUCUUGUUUGUAGGGAUUCUGUUGGUUGAAUGCUUGAAGAGGGAGGUGAGAUAGCCUUCUGAUUGUACCAGCUUGGCUAGCAUUGCUAACUAACUGUUGCAGGCUCUGGAAAUAAAAACAAUCUUGAACCCACACUCUGCCUGGUUUUGUUGGAUUUAGAGGGAAUUAUUUUUCCCUUUAAUGUUCUGCAACCACAUUUCAAGAGACCAAAGGAUUCUUGCAUGGCCUGGCUUCCAGUAUAGCUGGAAUGACCUCCAGUAAUUACUGAGUCCAAAGACUCAGACUUAGGGUUCAGAUUGAUUCACCAUUCAUUUUAUGGGUGAAGCCACAGGCUGAGGGAGGAACCAUAAGGGAGGUGAGAGUUUUGUGUUUGGAAGGAGCCAGAGAGGAUACUAUAGAAUGAAACAGGAAAAAUGCGGGCUAAUGAUGGGCCCACACAACCAGACAGUAGAAGCAUGAUGCUGGAGAAUUACUAGCCAAAAUGUAUAAGGGAUGAAGCACAAGUCCACUACAAAGUAGAGCACCACUCAGGAAAGUACUUGUGUUCCUUUACAUGUAUAAAUGGCGACAAAAUUUACCACUGUUGGUAAAUUAUUUUGUCUAACAAGCUCCUAAUGCUCUGGUCCUUGGGCCAUAGGCUGAGUAGUCAGCCUACAAAGGGUUUAAGAAGAGCAGUGUGACGUGGUACAGUCACUUAUAGCAAGAUGGAGGAUGGAUGUGACAAGGACACCCCAGUCAGAUGGAAAACAAGACCCCAGCCACAGCAGAAGCUGUGGGCAUGGGUGGGAAGGACAUUGAGCAACUAGACUUGGUGAUGGGGAGGGAUGGAGGGAUCCAGGAUGAUGACCUGGCUCCUAACCGGGGAACUCGGCAAAAAGUACAGGAAAGGAAACAUCUAACGUGGGAGCCCAGGGCCCUGGCCUUUCCCUAAAAUUCUGUGAAACAAGCACACAGCAGCCUGCGUGACCCAGAGCAGUUUGUCAAAAUGUAACCGGCCUCCCUCAGAGGGAGGGAGCGCAAAGAUAGUCACUUCUCCUUCCUGUAUUAACCAAACCUUUCCAAGGUCCACCGGUUCCCGGAACCGAGAGUGCUCCCUUCCUAGCAUGUAGCUAAACUAAAUGUUACAAGACCCCUUUAUCUCAUACCUACUGGAAUGUCUGUUUCAGCCCCUAUAACUGGCCUUGCUGACUCCCACUUAACCGUGGAGUGCUCUGAGCUCUGAACCAGCCACCAUCAGAGCAGCUUCACUGACU